AUGACCUCAUUCUCCCACCUCUCCCGGCUGCGCAUGUCCGCCUUUCUUCCCCAUGUCUGUCUCCAGUGCCGGCUGAAGACUGUAUCCUCGCUGCCUGCACAGUCUUCGGCGUCUUCGCUGUUGCAGGCAGUCAGACACGCAUCCUCCGCCCGACCGCGACGUCGCACACCCUCUCGCAUGACCCUCUCGCCCAAUGUCGCCCAGUCCACUGUGAAAUACGGCGAAAAGCGAAAGUCGGUCCGGCAUCAGAACGGUCCCUUCGGCGGGAUGAACCAGCGCCGUGCGAACCUGCGAGACCGCCAGCGACCGCGAUCCCAGGCCGAGCUCAAGAGAACGUCGUUCAAAAAGGACAAGGAUGGCUCUGAGAAGAAGCAGCCGGAGCUCUUCAAAGCGCUGAAGAUGCAGACAGCCCUUUCGUCCGUGUCGUACGGUCGUAGAACCUCCAUCAAGUCCAAGAUCUCGAACAUCACCAGCUUCGACCAAUUCGAUCUGCUGCCUUCCGUCCGCCAGUCCGUCUACGACAGCGCCCUGCCCGGUCUGGAAUAUGUCACGCCAACGCCCAUUCAACGAUUGGCCAUACCCGCGAUUCUCAGACAGGGCUCUGCUACCCCCAAACCCGAGGAAGGCCAGGAGGACAUGCCGCGAUUCGACCAGUAUCUCCUGGCUGCCGAGACUGGCUCGGGGAAGACUUUGGCUUACCUGCUUCCGGUCGUGGAUGCCAUAAAACGUACGGAGGCUAAGGAUAAGGAGGAAGAAGAACGAAUGGCAAAGGAAGAACUGGAGAAGGAACAAGAACAAGCGAAGGAGAAAAACCAAAACCUGUUUGAGUUGGAAUCGCCUGGAGAAGAAGAAGAGCCCAUAAAUGCUCCGAAGAGUGUGGUCAAACCGAAAGCCAUAAUCCUCGUCCCCACGUCCGAGCUCGUUGAGCAGAUUGGCCGGAUCGUAAAGCAGCUUGCCCACACCGUAAAAUAUCGAUCCGCGCUCCUCGCUUCCAAUUACACUCCACGGAAAAUCAGAAAGACCCUCUUCAAUCCCAACGGCCUCGACAUCCUCGUUACCACCCCUUAUCUCGUGGCCUCGAUUGCUGAAGCCAAUCCCUACAUCUUCAGCCGCGUCACCCAUCUCGUCGUGGACGAGGCCGACUCCCUUUUCGAUAAAUCCUUCUCUCCAAAGACCAACACCAUCAUUGACAGGACAGCUCCGACUCUUAAGCAGCUCAUCCUCUGCUCCGCUACCAUUCCACGUUCCCUCGAUAAUCGCCUUCGUGAACGAUUUCCACAGAUCCGAAGACUCGUAACCCCUAACCUUCACGCGAUCCCCCGAAGGGUCCAGCUUGGUGUAGUGGAUAUUGACAAGGAACCGUAUCGCGGUAGGAGACAUUUGGCCUGCGCAGACGCCAUCUGGUCCAUUGGAAGGUCGGGGAACCCUUACGACGCCGACGUUGGUUACCAAGUCACCGGCCAAAAGGAGCCAAAAUCCAUAAUUGUCUUUGUCAACGAACGAGAAACCGCAGCCGAAGUCGCCGAGUUCUUGGUAACUAAGGGCAUCAACGCUGUCUCCCUUACCCGGGACACUUCGGAGAAGCGCCAGGCCCAAAUCCUAGCCGAAUUUACAACUGAAAAAAAUCCGCCGCAACCAGAAGAUUACAAAAUGUUGAAAGGGAAUCGAUCUGACGAUGAUUCAGUUCCCUUUGUCAACGUCAGGCCAGGCAAUGAGAGGUCCAAUCGCCUGUCCAACACGAAGGUCCUCGUUGUGACCGAUCUUGGUUCUCGCGGUAUUGACACCGUUGCUGUUAAGACGGUCAUCCUCUACGAUGUCCCUCAUUCGACUAUCGACUUCAUUCACCGCCUCGGCCGCCUUGGCCGAAUGGGUAGGCGAGGUCGCGGUAUUGUUUUGGUCGGCAAGAAAGACCGAAAGGACGUGGUCAGAGAAGUCAGGGAGGCCAUGUACCGGGGCCAGGCCUUGAUAUAAGCUGGCGAAUCACCACCGAUCUACGAUGCAUAUAUAUCACUAACAUUCUGUUAUUCCCUUCGUCCUGUAUUACUAUUUACUAUAGAUGGAUGUAAAACUGCAUGCCUGGUGUUUGGAGCACUGGUAUUGACUGUAUUUAUAGAUCUUGGAUAUCUAGCGGCUACAAAUUGGGUUUACUGGUGGGAAGAAGUUGGAACGGAGUCAAGCGGUUUAAAAGAACAUGACAAUUUGAUAUACAUAAUACUUAUAUUUCCUAACCCACAUUUUUAAGGCUAAGCGGAAGAAAAUGCAUGCUUUCACUUUGGAUACUCUGGGGCGGAGAUCAAGUGUCUAUUCCAAAGAGG